AGUUGAAGCCAAAUGACAGUAUUGCCCUGUCUAAUGAUGCAUUAGAGAGAGAGAGAGGGGAGCAGCUAGAGGACCCAUGACAGUAAUUAUAAUAAAGGCAUGCAUUAAUUUAGUCUAUAUAUAUUGAGGAACCAUCGGGUGUACAUGUUGUUGCGGUGCUGUUUGGCCUUGCUAAACUAAUAUACUAUACAUUAUUACUUGUCUCUGAAGAAGAAGAUGAUGAGGAUAAGAUCAAGGAUCCACUCCACAUCAUUGCUUCUUCAAACCUCCAGUAACAAGUUCUCUACCCACUUAGAAAGGAAACUAGAAGGGAAGGUAGCAGUUAUCACAGGUGCAGCAAGUGGCAUAGGAAAAGAAACGGCCACCAAAUUCAUCAACCAUGGGGCCAAGGUGAUUGUCGCUGAUAUACAAAGGCAGCUCGGCCAAGAAACGGCAAAUGAGCUCGGACAAAAUGCCAUGUUUCUGCCCUGCGACGUCACAAAUGAAUCUGACGUCUCCCACCUAGUGGAUUUUGCCGUUUCCAAACAUGGUCAGCUCGACAUAAUGUACAACAAUGCAGGGGUAGCAUGUCGAACUCCGCUGAGUAUAGUGGACAUUGACCUUGCGCAAUUCGACCGUGUCAUGGCCAUCAACGUCCGAGGCGUAAUGGCCGGGAUCAAGCACGCUGCUCGGGUGAUGAUCCCCCGGGAGACAGGUUGCAUUUUGUGCACAGGCAGCGUCACUGGGGUAAUGGGAGGACUAGCACAACCUACUUAUUCAACUACCAAAUCAUGCGUCAUAGGUAUGAUCAAGUCCCUAACAAGGGAACUGUGCAAGAACGGAAUAAGAAUCAAUUGCAUUUCUCCAUUUGCUAUUCCAACACCCUUUUCAUUGGACGAGAUGAAAGACUACUUCCCUGGAGUGGAAUCUCAGGACCUUGCUGAAAUGUUAUACAAUGCAAGUGAGCUCAAAGGAGCAUAUUGUGAACCCAUUGAUGUAGCCAAUGCUGCUCUUUUCUUGGCUAGUGAAGAUGCCAAGUAUAUUAGUGGCCAAAAUCUGGUGGUAGAUGGCGGUUUCACCUCAUUUAAAAGUUUAAACUUUUCCCAUCAAGUACAAGAAUGUUCCACAGAAAUUUAAUAUGGAAUUUGAUUCUUUCUAGAAUCGUUUUUCAAAUGCAUAACAUCAGAGUGCACAAAAGGACUCCAAAGGAGGAUUGAAGCGUAAUUGAUUGAUAUUAACUAUCAAGGGGAAAGGGAACUGUAAGUAUCAUGAUCCAAUUAGAGGCUAAUGUCCAAUUUUGCUGUAAUCAAAUUGUGGUGCAUUUGUAUGUCUUGUUUUCAUGAUCUAACAAUGGACAGCACUGGUGCAAGACUACAAGUAUCUCGAAAGAAUGCACAACUGUUCCAGGCUAGGCAAACUUUGUUACUGCUUAUAAACCACCUUUCUGGGAUAAAGACAACUUUCCAUACAUUACCUUCCUAUUAUUACAAUAACAAUUUAUUUACAAUCUA